UCCCUCUCUCUCUCUCUCUGGGGCAUAGUCCGGAAUUCCUCUUGAACUGGGGAUGGUGGAUACCAAGGUAGAGACCAUAUCCAGGUUGGCUCAGUGGAGGAUCGACAAUUUCGGACCUUGUACUUACAAAAGAUCCGAGCCUUUCAAAAUCGGCAUAUGGAAUUGGCAAUUAUCAGUCGAGAAGAAUCGUUAUCUGUAUAUUCGUCUGUUUCCAGAGCCGUCUCGGCUAUCCAAAGAACAGCCGCCGAUUGCCAAAUUCAUACUAAGAGUCACCACUACGGGAACCAAUCGCAGACCUUAUAUAUCACCGAUUCAUGAGAGACUUCUUCGGACAAGUGAAGACUUUGUUUGGCCUGUUGAUUCUACUUUCCAUGGUCGUUUCAUCAUUGAUGUUGAGUUUCUGGACCUACAGGUUUAUUCAGUAAAUGGUGAGGAAGCAAGUUCGAUAUGGCCGAAUGAUGGAAUGCUGCGAUCAUCAGCAAGCGAAAGCAUUCUUCGGUGCCUUUCUCGCAUGCUACACGAGUCAAUUGAUGCUGAUGUCACCAUUAAGACAGGGGAUGAAACUUUGAAAGCUCACAAGGCUAUCCUUUCUGCAAGCUCACCUGUGUUCCAUAGCAUGUUCCUACACAACCUUCAGGAGAAAGAAUCCUCCACAAUCAAUAUCCAGGACAUGUCACUUGAAUCCUGCACUGCCCUUCUCUCUUACUUAUAUGGAACCAUUAAGCAAGAGGAUUUCUGGAAGCACCGCCUUGCGCUACUCGGUGCUGCAAAUAAGUAUGCAAUCACAAAUUUAAAGGAUUUGUGUGAGGAAAGCUUGUUAGAAGACAUAAAUUCUGGCAAUGUUCUUGAGAGGCUGCAAGAGGCCUGGCUUUACCAGUUGGAUAAAUUGAAGAAGGGAUGCUUGACAUAUUUGUUUGAUUUUGGGAAGAUAUAUGAUCUUAGAGAUGAAAUAAACAACUUCUUUAGGACUGCAGAGAGAGAAUUGAUACAGGAGAUGUUUCAAGAGGUGCUUACUGUAUGGAAACCGGCAUAGAGCAACUUCUACUCAUCUGUUGGAAUUAAUACAGAUGUUUCAAGAGCUCUGCCUGUUGGAUAUCAGUAUGUAAUGGUUGUAUAAAUGUGUGCGCUUUUUAAGAUUUAAGCAGUGUGUGUAAACUUUGAAAUCUAAAAGCAUAAACUGAGGUAUGUUAAGCAGAAAGUUUAAUGGCUGUGAAAUAUAUAUAGCAGAUUUUGCUUGGCUUU